AAAAUACCUUAACAUUACCAUGUCACAACACAGUCUUUGAUCAAAUUGAUACUUAAUAUCUUUUUUCUUAUUUUGUGUGAAGGUGAUAACUCAGUCCUCCAUAAUGUUUUGUUGAAAUGUGUUUUUCAUUUUAGGGACACUUGAGUUUCAAGGAUGUGGCUAUAGAAUUCUCUUUGGCGGAGUGGAAAUGCCUGACCCCUGCACAGAGGGCUUUAUACAGAGAAGUGAUGUUGGAGAACUACAGGAACCUGGAGUCUAUGGAUAUCUCUUCCAAAUGCAUGAUGAAGAAGUUCUCGUCAACAGGGGCAGGCAAUACAGAAACGUUCCACACAGGGACAUUGGAAACACACGAAAGUCAUCACAGUGGAGAUUUUUGCUUUCAGGAAAUUGAGAAAGAUAUUCAUGACUUUGAGUUUCAGUGGCAAGAACAUGAAAGAAAUACCCAUGAAGCACCCAGGACAAAAAUCAAAAAGUUGACUAGUAGUACAGAGCAAUAUGAUGAAAGUCAUGCUGGAAACAAGCCUAUUAAAGAUCAGCUUGGUUUAAGCUUUCAUUUGCAUCUGCCUGAACAGCAAAUAUUUCCGACCAAAAGGAAAGUUGGUAAUGAAGUUGAGAAGUCUGUCAAUGAUGCUUCCUUGGUUUCAGCAUCCCCAAUAAUUUUUUGUGGGCCCCAAACCCACAUUUCUAAUAACUGUGACAACAGUUUCCUCCAUUCUUCAUUACUCACACAAGAACAGGAAGUACACAUGAGAGAAAAGUCUUCCCAAUGUAAUGAGAGUGGCAAAGCCCUUAAUUGUAACUCACUCUUAAGGAAACAUCAGAUAAUCCAUUUAGGAGAGAAACAAUAUGAAUGUGAUGUGUGUGGAAAAGUCUUUAAUCAGAAGCGAUACCUUGAACGCCAUCGUAGAUGUCACACUGGUGAGAAACCUUACAAGUGUAAUGAGUGUGGCAGGACUUUCAGUCAGGCGUCAUACCUUACCUGUCAUCGUAGACUUCAUACUGGAGAGAGACCUUACAGGUGUAAUGAGUGUGGCAAGACCUUCAGCCACCCAUCAUCCUUUGUAGGCCAUCAUAGACGUCAUACUGGAGAGAAACCUAACAAGUGUAAUGAGUGUGGCAAGACUUUCCGUCAGAUAUCACAUCUUGUAUGCCACGGUAGACUUCAUACUGGAGAUAAACCUUACAGGUGUAAUGAGUGUGGCAAGACCUUCAAUUACCCAUCAUCCCUUGGACGCCAUAGUAGUCUUCAUACAGGAGAGAAAUCUUACAAGUGUAAUGAAUGUGGCAAGACGUUCAGUCACCCAUCAUCACUUGUAUGCCAUCAUAGGCUUCAUACUGUAGAGAACCCUCACAAGUGUAAUGAGUGUGGCAAGACCUUCAUUAAUGCAUCAUCCCUUGUUCGCCAUCGUAGAUUUCAUACAGGAGAGAAACCUUACAAGUGUAAUGUAUGCGGCAAGGCCUUCAGUCAGAUGUCAGUUCUUGUAUACCAUCGUAGACUUCAUACUGGAGAGAAACCUUACAAGUGUAGUAAGUGUGGCAAGACCUUCAGUCACACGUCAUCCUUUUCAUACCAUCGUAGACUUCACACUGGAGAGAAACCUCACAAGUGUAAUGAAUGUGGCAAGACCUUCAGUCAGAUGUCAUCCCUUGUAGGCCAUCGUAGACUUCAUACUGGAGAGAAACCUUACAAGUGUAAUAAAUGUGGCAAGACCUUCAGUCACGCAUCAUCCCUUGUAGGCCAUCGUAGACUUCAUACGGGAGAGAAACCUUACAAGUGUAGUAAGUGUGGCAAGACCUUCAGUCACAUGUCAUCUUUUUCAUACCAUCAUAAAGUUCAUACUGGAGAGAAA